UGGUGUUAGUAUGUUUUAUUGUCAGAAGUGCAGUCGCGGGUGGAGGGUUAAUUGAAUAAAGUUAAAUUCGUUAGUUAGAUUGCCUGCAACACACGAUAGUAAUACAAUUGAAUUCACCAGAUUGAUUUGGUAAAAAGAGUGUUGGAAAAUAUGAUGGUUUGUGAAAAUUUAGCUGCAAUGUCUAUGGAAAAAAAUGAAGCCGCUAAAAACAGCCAUUCAUGGGCGGAUGAAGUUGAUUCUCAACCUGUUGGUUCAUUCAACAAUAGUUCGUCGGAUAUUAGCUUGUCGCGUCGAGAUAUCUCGUUGGAAUUCAUCGACGAUGUAAACGAGCAAAAAUUCGAGCGUCUCCUUAAGGAAGAAAAACUGAAGACGCCAUUUAAACGACGUCAUUCGGAAACACCAAGCAUUGAGACACGAUCUAAUAGUCCAAAUAGUAGUUGCGACAGCAAUGAAGUUGUAACCAAGCGAUAUUUCAACAUACAUAAGAAAGAAAAACGAGCUAGACAAAACAGUUUUACUUCGUCGUCAUCUUCUUCUUCCUCGUACACUGAAACUGAUGCAGCAAUACUUUCCCGUCGCCAAAAGCAAAUAGAUUACGGAAAAAACACUGUUGCUUAUGAGCGUUAUGCUGAAUUGAUCCCAAAAACAGAACGAUCCCGUGAUCACCCCCGAACUCCAAACAAAUAUGGAAAAUACAGCCGCCGUGCUUUCGACGGGCUUAUAAAAAUCUGGCGUAAACAGUUGCAUUACUACGACCCCCCAAAUGAGAGAACUAACACACAAGAUAAAAGAGUUCCGAAUGAUUCCAGUAGUGAGUCUGAGAGCGAUUAAACUUAACACAUCUCACACAGGAUUUCAAAAUGCAAAUGCAUGCCUAUGUUGAUGCCAAUCAGGCAGUUACCAUUCAUUUUGGCUAUAUGUAGCAGAGAACUGCAUAAGACCCAAUAUUUGACACACAAUAGGCACUUAUGAAAAACACUCAAUCCUAUGGCCGCCGGUUGUACGCACCGGAUUGACUGGAUGGAGUCUUUCAUAGGCAAGGGCUGUCGCCUCAGUGUCUAUUGUGCAGCAUAUAUUGGGUCUUAUGCAGUUCUCUGAUAUGUAGAUAAUUAUUUCCUUAAGUUUUAAAAUGUUACUGUUUUACUCUACGGUAAUACGUUACAAUACAAGUGUUAUACCAUAUUAUUUAUAAUGAAAAUGAAUUGAAUACUUUUGUUCUUAGUUAAGCAUACAUACUGGUAGAUUAAAAGCGAAUGUAACCGAAUGAUUUUCUGAACUAAUAAAAAUCUGCUUUGCCAAAUAUCA